UUUUUUAUUAUUUUCAUUUUUAUCGAUUACUCAAUAUCUACCAAAAAUUGCAUUGACAGGUUAUAUGGAAAAUAAUGUGGGAGAAUUCUAGAAUGUCAAUACUUUUUUUGAUCUUCUCCUUAAUCAUUUGCUGCACAUCUUCAGAAUUUAUUGGUAAUAAAGAUUGUAGCAAAUACGAAUUUAACUGUGGGAAUGGUACUUGUAUAAAUAAAACAAGACUUUGUGAUGGCGUUAAGGACUGCAGCGAUAAUGGCGCUGAUGAAGUUGAUUGUGAUUUUAUGAAAAAUUGUUUGGCGCCUGAUUUCUUUAAAUGCGACGAUAACAGUAAAUGCUUACCUAUUGAGUUUUUGUGUGACAAGUCAUACGAGUGCCCCGACAAGUCUGACGAACAUCAUUGUCAUAAUUCAUCUCAAACACAAUCAUGUCUGGAAGGGCGAUUCAGAUGUUCCGAUGGCACUUGCAUUCCAAAAUCUUGGCAUUGUGACAAAUUCAUUGAUUGUCACGAUGGUAGCGAUGAAGAUAAGGAAAAAUGCAGACAUAAGGUAUCAUGUACCAAAGGCUAUCUAUGCAACAAUUUCAAUUGCAUUUCCAAGUUGUGGAGAUGUGAUGGAAAAGACGAUUGUGAAGAUGGUUCAGAUGAAACUCAUUGCGAUAUUCAAUUGAUUGAACCAGAAAAAUGUUUGAUUGAAGAAAGGAAAUUUUUAUGUCACGAUCAUAAAAAAUGUAUCGACGUUAAAAACGUUUGUGAUCAUCAAAGUGAUUGUUUGGAUGCAUCAGACGAAGGUGGCCUUUGCAAUAAUAAAACCGGUUUCAUAGUUGAAUGUAACUCGAUAAAUUGUUCUGAUGCGUUUGAAUGUUUAAGAAAACCACACGGUGUUAUGUGUGUGUGCCCAAAAGGAAUGCAUUAUUUAAAUAAUAAAUGUUCUGAUAUCAAUGAAUGUGAUCAAUAUGGCAUUUGUGACCAAAUGUGUAUCAAUUUGGAUGGUGCAUAUACGUGCUCCUGUGAACCAGAUUAUGAACUAGUAGAUAAUCAUAAGUGUAAAAUAAAAGGUGAAGAUCCUGUUUUAAUAUAUUCAUCGUUACGACAAAUAAAAGUUUUAAAUUUAGUAUCACUUAAAAUUUAUACUUUGUUUGAUGAUUUGCAACAUGCCACUGGAAUAGCCGCAGACAAAUUUACUGUAUACUGGACACUUUUUUUGGAAGGAAUGGAAGCUAUAGUUAGAGGAAAUAAGACUGGGACUAAACCUGAAAUUAUUGUCGAUUCUGGUCUUGGGUCGCCUGAAAAUCUUGCUAUUGAUAUUAUUACACAUAAUUUGUACUUCACCGAUGCAAAAAUGAAACAUAUCGGAGUGUGCAAAAAUGAUGGUUCAGUAUGUACAGUUCUUCAUAAUAAGAACAUAGACAAACCAAGGGCAGUAGCUGUUUCACCUCUGGAUGGUCUCAUGUACUGGACAGAUUGGGGUGAAAAUCCAAUGAUUGGUCGGUCUGGCAUGGACGGGUCUUUACCACAACCGUUUGUUACAAAAAAUAUACACUGGCCAAAUGGUGUUCAUGUUGAUUAUAUCGGGAAAAGAAUUUACUGGGUAGAUGCUAAGAUGCAAUUAAUCGAAUCUAUUAAAUUAGACGCGACUGAUCGAAAGGUAAUUGUAACGGAAUAUGUAGAUCAUCCAUUUUCCGUGACUGUGUUUGAGGAUAAAUUGUACUGGAGUGAUUGGACGGGUAAAGAAAUAAAAGUAUGUAACAAGUUUACAGGUAAAGAUAGCAAAUCAUUAGUCCGUGAAAAUAAAAGCAGAGUGUAUGGUAUGCAAAUUUCCCAUUCUUCGCUAUUCGAGUCUCAAAUGUCGAAUCCUUGUAAACAAGCAAAAUGUAGUGACAUAUGCUUAUUAGCACCAAAGAUAGAUAUCAAUUCUAAAGGAUAUUCGUGUGCUUGUCCCGAUGAUAAAACAUUAUCGCCAGAUGGAAUAUUUUGCUUAGAUGAGGCUAUACCUCUUACACUUAUUGUAGGUACACCAACAAGUAUUAUAGAAAUCGAGCAAGAACAUUUAGGCCGCCAAAAAGUUAAGAAAAUAUCAUUGAAUAAUUAUGUAUCUAGCAUAUCCGCAAUAACUUAUAAUUCAUUAUCUGGUAACAUCAUCAUCUAUGACUCAAUAUCCAAAAAAUUAUUUACUUUCGACCUCGUUAAGAUGAAAUUAUCAGAUUUAUUUGUACCAGAAAUUAGUUCCAUUAAUUCUCUUGAAUUUGACAACCGUGGAAACAAUUUGUAUUGGUGUGAUAGGACUAGAAGAACAUUGGAUGUGCUAAGUCUCUCUACAAAAACACAUACUACGAUUUUUAAAGAAAUUGAAGGUCAUGUCCCAUUUGCCGUUACUUUAGUUCCAGAUAGAGGCUUUAUGUUUAUAGCCAUGAAGGAAGAUUCUCAUAUACAUAUCGAUCGAAUUGAUAUGGAUGGAAGUAUUCAAUCUUUAGUUCAUAUAGUGGAAUAUGGAUUAAUAGGAGAUGAAAUUAUUUUACAUUUUGAUUUGAUUACAAGACUGCUGUAUUUCACCGACUACAAAAAUGGCAUAAUUGAUAGUGUCAGCGAAGAUGGAACGGAUAGAAAAAUUAUUAAAAAAUCGGGAUUUGUAAAAGAUAUUGUUUCAAUUGGUAAUGAAAUUGUUUGGGUAUCUCAAGGUUCAACAAUUUUAAAUUGGAUUAAUAAUUAUGAUGAAAAUCGAGUAUCUAGAGCACUUAAUAUAGAAAAUUGGAAAAGUGAUUCAAAUUUAUGUUUAACUGUGGCAAAUGGGAUUGACAAACAUAUUACACACCCAUGUCAACAAAAUAAUGGUGACUGUAGUCAUAUAUGUCUUUUAUCUGGGAAAGGAAAGGUAUGUGGUUGUCCACCUGGAUUGGUUUUAUCAAACAAUAGCCUAAAUUGUACAUUAUUAGGAGAAUGUAAAUCUGAUGAAUACCGUUGUUAUACUGGUGAAUGUAUUUCAUCUCAUUUCCGAUGUGAUUUAAAAAAAGAUUGUCCUCGUGGUGACGACGAAGACGCUGUUAAAUGUUUGCAUUACACUGCAAAUUCAUGUCCAAAAUCUCAAUUUUUAUGUCAUGAUAAAACAAAAUGUUUGGAUAAAAAACAUUUGUGUGAUAGCGUUAAAGACUGUAGUGAUGGGUCUGAUGAAACAGACUGUAUUCCCCAGCAUAUUUGUGAUUUAACUAAAGAAUAUCAAUGUACAACUGGUGAGUGUAUUCUGCGCCAAUUUUUAUGUGAUGAUAAUCUGGACUGUGCUAAUGGUCAAGACGAGUUAAAUUGUCUAAAAAAUAGUUGUAAUAAUAUUACGGAAUUUAAAUGUAAUUCUGGACAUUGUAUUCCUGUAACAUGGGUUUGUGAUGGUGAAGUAGAUUGUUUUGAUGGUUCGGAUGAACACAAUUUAUGUGUUACAAAAAAAUGUAAAAAUGAUCAAUUUUCUUGCACUAAUGGUCGAUGUGUAUCUCAUAAAUUCACUUGUAAUGGUUAUGAUGACUGUGGUGAUAGUUCCGAUGAAAAUGGUUGUCCGCCAAAGCACGAAUACAUGAAAAAAAGAGUAUUAAAAAUAUGUAAUGAAAAAACAGAAUUCGAAUGUGAAAACACACAAGAUCAUUGUAUACCGAUAAAGGCUAGGUGUAACGGAACAUCAGAAUGUAAUAAUUUAGAGGACGAAUUGAAUUGCGGAUGCCAAAAAUCUAAUCUUUUUGAUUGUCAUAAUAAGCGUUGUAUUUCAAAAGAUUGGUUAUGUGAUAAAUACGACGAUUGUGGUGAUGGGUCAGACGAAAGUCAAAAAGCUUGUGAUAUACUUUCUGAACAUUUAUCAAAUUCAGCAGUUUUAUCAAAAGAUUGUGAUGGAUAUUUAUGUCAAAAUCAAGAAUGUAUUCCUUUAGAUCAAGCUUGUAAUAAGAAAAUUAAUUGUAAAGAUGGUACUGAUGAAGGAGAUCUCUGUGGUUUAUCAUGUAAGCUCAUGGAUUGUAGUCAUACUUGUCAAGAAACUCCAAAAGGUGGAAUAUGUACCUGUUAUCAUGGUUAUAAAAUUGGGCGAGAUAGCAAAACUUGUAAAGAUAUUGAUGAAUGUGAAAACGAUAAUUUAUGUACUCAGUAUUGUACAAAUUUGGAUGGUUCAUAUAGCUGUAGUUGUUUAAAUUCCGAUUAUGUUUUGCGUGCUGAUAAAAGUUCCUGUAAAGCAUUUGGACCCACAAUGGAUUUAAUUUAUUCAAACGUUGAUGAAAUAAGAAGUACUUCUGGUGAUUUUAAAGAAUCAAAAUUACUUUUUUCAAUGCCAGGAAUUAUAGUAUCAAGCCUUGAUAUCGAUAUUAGAAGAAAUCUUAUUUAUUGGACAUCAAAACAAGCUGGCGUCCUUAUUUGCAUGGAUAUGCAACAACAACAUAAAGUUUACAUGACAGAAUUGUUACAGCCUACAUUAGUUCGUAUUGAUUGGCUCACAGAAAACGUUUACUUUGUACAAGAUUUUAGAGAUAUUGUUGUAUGUAACUUAAAUGCUAAACGUUGUGCUACAAUAUACAGUGCGAACAUCCAUACAACAAUUAUGGCUUUUGAAAUUGAUCCUCAUUCUGGAUUAAUGUUUUGGUCGGAAACUAUAUGGGCUAUAUUGAAUACACCUACAACCAUAAUUAGACAAUCUGAUUGCAGUGGAUACAAUGUAAAAACGAUAAUCCACCAAGGGUUACAAUAUGUUACUGAUUUAGCUAUAGAUCCAAUUAAACAUAUGGUAUAUUGGGUUGAUCAAGUUAAUUCAACAAUCGAGAGAGCUAAUUACGACGGAACUAAAAAGACGGUGUUGGUUAAUGCGAUAGAACAUUUACCUGAAAAAAUAUCAUUGUACGAAGACAAACUCUUUUGGACUAACCAUGAAACCGGGUUCUCCAUUUUUAAAUGUAAAGUUUUCGGUACUGAAAAUGUCCAUUGUGAAUCAGUUCCUGUUCAAGUGUUUGCUACCAUCGAGAUAUUCAUGAUAAGCCAACAGGCCAAACAAAGAAAUGGAUCAAAUGUUUGUAAUGAUGUUUAUUGUGAUUUUAUUUGUACUUCUGGAUCAAGAGGACCGAUGUGUGUUUGUGGAGAUGGAUCUCAAGUCGAACCAGGCAAUAUUUGCGAUGAUGCGGGUCAUAGAAAAUUACCUGUUUUUAAAGAUUUAGAUUACAAAAAAAAUAUGAUUUCAAUUUAUAUUUCUAUAUUUUUAAUUGUAACGUUGUUAUUAGUGAUGUUGUAUUAUUUUCUAUUCUAUUCCAAAAAUAAAUCUUUGGGCCAUCUAGUAUCUAGAUUAUUUCAUCAGCCUUUAACAAAUGUCAUUCAAGUUAUUGACCAGAAAGAAGAUGAAUUAAAUUCAAGAUAUAAUGUUUAUGAAAAUCCUAUGAACGAAGGUGAGUUAAUAAAAGACCAUGCUUAUGGUAGUGAGAUCGUCUUAAAUUAUGAUAGUGCACGUUAUGUUAAUGUUAAUGGUUCAGAAUUUCAAUGCGAUUCAUCAUUUACCGAGUGCGACGAGAACGAGAAAAAAAAACUUAUUAUGGUUUUAUAA